UUACAGGCUAAGAGCUGUUAUUCUACCUCCGCUUAUUUUGAAGCCCAUCUGUAACUAAGGUAUACUACCCUCCAUCCCCAGGAUGCAUCCCUUAACAGCUGCCUAACACCCAGGUGUGAUCGAGAACAAGAUGACAGAUGGAAUGCUAUCAUUGUCUUGGAACAACCAUAGCACUACUUUUUGCCACACACUCGCCUCACUCAGAUCUAAGGAGAGAUACACGGAUGUAACUUUGGCAUGUGACGGCAAAUUUUAUCCCGUUCACAAGUUGGUGCUUUCAACAUGUAGUGAAUAUUUUGAAAAUAUGUUUGAACACACACCUUGCAAGCAUCCAGUCAUUGUGCUCAGGGAUGUCCAGUAUGAUGAACUAGAGGCCCUUUUGAGUUACAUGUAUGCUGGUGUUGUGAGUGUUGCGCAAACUGACUUAGCUCGAUUGAUAAAAGUAGCAGAGUUACUGCAGAUUAAGGGUUUAGCAGUACCAGAUGAACCCCCAAACAGUAGUAAGACAGCUUUUAAUCAGCAGAACACUGAUGAUAGAACUAGUCCUCAUAUAAGGAGUAGACAUUCUCAUGAGAAAAGCAGUCCAUACACAAAGAUAAAGCAGUCCCACAGUUCUAGUGAUGACAGAAGUAGUCCUCAUCCAAAACGACGGAGAAGACUUGAGAGUGACACCCCUCGUGAAGACAUUCACUCUACCAGUAGUUCCCCUUCUAAAGGCACGUCUCAAUCUUUGGAAGAUGAACGGCUGCAGGAAGAACAGAGUAUAUGGGCAGAAGGUCGGGAUGUAAGACAGAGAAGUGAGACAGAACCAGAAGAUAGAGUAGAUUAUCUCCCACCAACUCAAGAUUCCCUCACAGCCAAAGUUCAGGUUACCCUUGAUGAAUCUCUAGUCAAAGAGGAAGUAGUGGAAGAUCUGAGAGAUAGUCACAAUGAUGCAUCUGAACCUGACCAAAACUUUGAUGGCAUGACUGGAGACUCAUCUGGUGGAGGUCAAGACCAGGUCAGUCUCAUGACACCAAAAUAUGACAUGUCCUCUGACCAGGAGAUGCUUACACAGUCAGGUCUAACACAAGCUGCACCCCUUCAUGAAGCAGUCAUUGAAGCCUUAGCAGGACCUUCGGGAAUGCAAGCAUGGCCAGGUGGAGGUGAUAUGGCCAGACGACUGGCUCUUGGAGAAGGCUUUAUUGGUGAGGGUAGCCAGGACCUCACAUCUCUAUCCUUGGGUCAGUCUGGCACUCAAGCACACCAGCUGGUGGAGUAUGCUGGCUCGGGAGUCAGUGUGAGAGGAUUCUUCAACAAGAGGCAUCAGUGCCCCUACUGUUCCUACGCUACUGCUCAAAAAGGACACUUAACAGAACAUGUUCGAACCCACACUGGAGAGAAGCCAUAUUCAUGCUCGCAUUGUCAUUUAAAAUUUUCUCAGAAGAUGAAUCUUAAGAGACACAUUCGUAUUCACACUGGAGAGAGACCAUAUAGGUGCUUUCAUUGUUCCUAUACUUCUUCUCAAGGAACCUCACUUAAGAAACAUAUUUUUAAAUACCAUAGGUCUUCAGAUCUAUUACAUCCUGCAUCUGACUGAUUUUUUUUAUGAUGACAGUAAAGUACACAAACAUUCCAAAUCAUCACUGGAGGAAAUAAUUUACUUAUAAUGUGAUAAGUCCAGGACAGAUGGCAGAAAAUCCUCCUUCCCUCACAAAGUGAUAAACUUAUGGAAUGUAUGAUUCACCAGAGCUGUCAAACCCAAGACACAACUGCAAUUCAAAAUUCACCUGGAAAACCUCAGGAAAAGUUGGGGAGGAAGGUAAUAUACAUAAGCCACAAACUUCUUGUUUUGCCUCAAUUACAAUAAAGAUGGUGGUACACAGGGGAAAUCAUUAAUUAGCACAGUACAAGUUUCCCUAGUUCUACACAGCUUCAACUUGUGCCAAUUCGCUUACAUACAGUAACUCCAUUUAUACCAGUAAUUCACUAUAUGCCAUAUAAGUUUGCUCUUAUGCCCAGCACCACUUGAAUUUUUAACAAUAUCUGUUUCAAUAUCAUUCUAAUUUACUGUAGUUUAUAUUGACAUUCAUAAGAAAGGAAGAUUAGAAAACAGAUUUGGGUGUGGGAAAACCACUAAGCAGAUCUUGAACAAAAUCUAGUGGUCCAUUUUCAAUUUAACCCUUUGACUGUCGCAAGCCCCUUUCGGAAAGUGUCAUUCUAUGUCGAAAAAUUUUUGGAAAAAAAAAAAAAAAUUUUUUUGUGAAAUGAUAGAGAAUUUUUCCCGGUGGUAAUGACACCAAAAGCACAAAAUUUGGUUGAAAACUCGCGGAAUUACAUUCCCGUGAAGUUAGCGGUCUCGGCGACAUAUACGCAUUGGCGAUUUUGCCAACUUUGAGCCCUAUUUUUGGCCAAUUCCAUUGUUCCAGUUGACCAAACUCAUAGCUAUUUCUUUGGAACUCCAUUUUUUCUAUGAAUGGAGUACAAGAAACCGCCCAUUUACCAAGAGUAAACAAAUGACGUCACCGUCCAAUACCUGUCCACCUGCCAGUCCAAUACGUAGUCAAGAAUGGCUUGACAUUAUUUAUACAAUUAUUACAAUAGUGCAACAGUCUGCAUAACAGUAAAUCUUCUAUUUUUUUUGUGAAUAAAACUUCCAAGUGAAAAGCAAGAGUAAUAUAAGAGGGGCCUGUAGUCGUGACUAAUGAACAGAUAAAAUGUUAUUUUAGUGCCAGGAAUGUCUGCAUUGUUUAUUCUGGACCCUAUUUUGAAAUUGGUAUCUGUUGAAAUUUGUGUGAAAUUGGCCAAAUUGCCAAUUUCUGACCACUUUAUUUGGUAGUUGAAAUAAGUGAAUGGGUGGUUUCUUGUACUCAGUUGACAGACUAGAAGUAAAUAAGUUUAUUCAGGUAUACACAAAUACAGUUAUAUAGAUUAUCAUACAUAGCAGUGUAUGUAUAGAGAACCUAGGAUAACCCAGAAAAGUCAGACAAAGUGACUUAUUUCCAGUACCUGGCUUGGGCUUGCCAUAUAUGAUUUUUGGUAAAUAUUUUUUUUCUCGGUUGUUUGUUGGGCUAUCUCAUUGAAACUUGGGCAAUGUAUGAUGGAAAGAUGCUUCUUAACGUACAAUAAAAAUAAAAAAGAUGAAUGAUAAAUAAGGGAGUUAACUUCUCAGCCAUUAGCCGCCUCUUUGCAGUAUAUUUUCGUAUGGUUUUUAUGGUUGUAUUCUCAAUUUUUUGGACUCAUUUGAUAGAAUGGAAGAUAUAUUACAGAAAUAGGCAUGAUUUUGAUGGCUUUCAUGAUGAAAAGUACCUUGAAAUUGAGCUCAAAGUAGCAGAAAUGUUCAAUUUUUGCCGAUGUUCAGUGAACUGUGCAAGUCAAGUUGGUUAAUUUUAUUAAGUGUAUUCUUACCUAACCACUCUGUAAUUCGGCAAACUCAGUAAUCUGGCACACUACAAGUCCCAAGUGAUGCCGGAUUUGUGAUGGAGGACCUGUAUUAUUUUUUUUUAAUGGUAACGUAAGUCAAGAUAUGUGGAAUUUGCAGUGUCUCAAAAUGAAUUCCUACAAUUUACAUUUGUUGUGUUCUCUUUAUGCACCAUAUGAGCCAAGAACACAUUUGUCAUAUAUAGUGAGGGAGACCUGUAUUUCUUUAGAUUUAACAAGGCUACACACACUCAAUUGGUGCAAAUAAUAAAAAGGCAGUCACAUCAAGUGUGACUUUGUAAAUGGUCCAAGUCAAACCAAAAUGUCAUCAUAAGCUUCUCUCUUCUAUGUGCAGGUUAUUUAUUUAAUUGGUGUGGAUGUUUGCAUAUGUGCACGAGUGUGCAUCGUGUAUGUGUGUGGUGUGCACAUGUGUGGGUGUGGUGUGUGCAUGCAUGGGUGUGGUGUGCACAUGCGUGGGUGUGGUGUGUGCAUGCCUGGGUGUGGUGUGCACAUAUGUGGGUGUGGUGUGUGCAUGCAUAGGUGUGAUGCACAUGGUGUGUAUGCUUUGUGUGCAUGUAUGUGUAUGUGCAUGUGUGUAUGCAUGCAUGCUCAUGCAUGUGAACAUUCAUAUAUAUACAGUAGACCAUUGAUUAACCCUUUGAGGGUCCAGACCCCCAAUCUGAAAAUUCUCCACAGGGUCCAAGAAUUUAAAAAAAAAAAAUUAUUAUUUUUUCUUAUGAAAUGGUAGAAAAUCUUUUUCUGAAGGUAAUAAAACAAAAAGUAAGAAAUUUGAUAAAAAAUUGACGAAAUUAUGCUCUCGUGAAUUUUGCUGUGUCACCGAUUUUUACGCAUCACCGAUUUUGCCAACUUGAGUCCUAUUUUCAGCCAAUGACAUUGCUCCAUUAGACCAAAUUCUUAGCUAUUUCAGUAGCGCAUGUUCCAUUUUAUCUAUUGAGCACAAGAAAUCACUUGAUUAACUAUUUCAGCUACCCAAUAAAGUGAUCAGAAGUUGAUAAUUUGGCCAAUUUCACACAAAGUUCAAAAUAUUUUGGUUUGAAAAUAGGGUCCAGAAUAAACAAUGUAGACAUUUCUGGCACUAAAAUAACAUUUCCUCUGUUUAUUAGCUAUAUUUCCGGGCUUUACAGAAUUUCAUUUUGAUUUUUUUACAUAAAGAAUUUUUAUUCACACCAAAAAAUAGAAGAUUUACUGUUAUGUAAUAUUGUAGUACAUAAUUGUAUAAAUAAUAUCAGUGCAUUUGUGAAUGCAUAUUAGACCCACCAACUGAUGUGUAUUGGAUGUGUGAUGUGAUUUGUUUACUUUGGACAUCAGCAAAAAUCGAACAUUUCUGCUAGUUUGAGCUCAAUUUCAAGAUAUUGUCAGUACUAAAACCAAUCAAAAUCAUCUCUAUUUCUGUAAAAUGUCUUCCAUUCUAUCAAAUGAGACCAAGAAACCUUAAAUACAACUGUAAAAACCAUAUGAUAAUACACAACAAAGUCGCUGUUUUAAUCCAAAAGCACGGUCACAGCUUUUUUUCUCGUAUACUGUGUGCUGCAAGAUUUGUUUUAUAUAGUGCACACUUACCAUGUAGAUGCAUUUUCUCAUAUCUAGGUCCAAAUUUACUGCUUACAGCUUAUCUUAGUGAGCUGAACUCAAGAUGUAGUACUAUGUCAUGGACCCUGGCUUCAGAGCCAUAGAACCGUGGGACAGACUCUCUAGGGGUUAAGAUGUAGUCUUCUGUUAAUGAUUUUUAUAUAUGACUGUUGCAAAAUUGCAGCAUAUUUUCAGUCAUGACUUCAUGAAAUUCAUCUAUGAUAGUGCAGCUUUACCCCUUUGACUGUUGAGACCCCAAAUCCUGAAGAGUGUCUGUCACAAAAUAUUCAGAAAAAAAAAAAAAAAUCUUAUGAAAUGAUAGAGAAUCUUUUCCCAGUGGUAAUGACACCAAAAGUACGUAAUGUGAUGGAAAACAUACGGACUUACACACUUGCAAAGUUAGCUAUCUCGGCGAUGUAUACGCAUCGGUGAUUUCACCCACUUUGAGCCUUAUUUUUGGCCAAUUCCAUUUUUCCAGUCGACCAAACUCAUAGCUAUUUCUUUAGAACUCCAUUUGUUCUAUCGCUUGAGUACAGUGGACCCUCGGCUAACGCCUUUAAUCCGUUCCAGAGAGCUAGCCGUUAGCCGAUUUAGCCUUUAGCCGAAUUAAUUUUCCCCAUAAGAAAUAAUGGAAAUCCAAUUAAUCCGUUCCAGACACCCAAAAGUAUUAAACAAAAUAUUUUUUUUUACAUGAAAUAUACAUUUCCCUACACAGAAAACAAUGAUACAUGCACAGUAAACAAUACUGAAAUAACACUUACCUUUAUUGUGGACUUGUUGAUGAGUGAUGAGACAGGACAUUGUUUUUCUUGAACACACUGGGACAUGCAGGGAGUGUAACAGGCAUGCAGGGAGGGUAGCUGACAUGCAGGGAGUGUAGCAGGCAUGCAGGGAGUGUAGCAGGCAUACAGGGAGUAUAGCAGGCAUGCAGGGGGUGUAGCAGGCAUGCAGGUAGUGUAGCAGAUAUGCAGGGAGUGUAGCUACGAGUUUUUUCUUUAAUUUUAUUGUUUCUUUCCUUCUUUAUCACAGCGCUGGCACUAGAAACUUUCUUUGGGCCCAUGGUGGAUUAUUUAGCGGUUACAAGCCCUAAAAACAAUGGAAUAAUACAAAAUAUAUCGCAUGUACAUGUAGAAUCGACCGCAACGGCUUGUAAACAACGGCACACUAGUUGUACUCGGAGUCUUGGAGUGGCCGGGCCUGCUCGGCCGCGCAGACAUGUUCUGGACGAAAGCCCUUAGCUGAGUUUUUUGGUGAUAGCUGAGCCAAUAUUUUGAUGCCAUGGGAGCCGUUAGCCAAUUUUUUUCGUUAGCCGAUGCAGCUUUUAGUCGAGGGUCCACUUUACAAGAAACCGCCCAUUUACCGAUUUCAACUACCCAAUAAAAUGGUCAGAAAUGGGCAAAUUGGCCAAUUUCACACAAAUUAAAAAAGAUGCCAAUUACAAAAUAGGGUCCAGAAUAAACAAUGCAGACAUUCCUGGCACUAAAAUAACAUUUUCUCUGUUCAUUAGUCAUGUCUCCAGGCCCCACUUAUAUUACUCUUGCUUUCUAUUUUGAAUUUUUAUUCACUUAAAAAAUAGAAGAUUUAGUGUUAUGCAGACUACUGCAUUAUUGUAAUAAUUGUAUAAAUAAUGUCAACCCAUUCGUGACUGUUCAUUAGACUGCCCAGUUGGACACGUAUUUGUUUUCUCUUGAACAUUGGCAAAAAUUGAACAUUUCUGCUAAUUUGAGCUCAGUUUUAACCCUUAAACAGUCCAAACGUAUAUAUACGUUCACUCGUGAAACGCCCCGAAUAUUUUGAAUUUUUUUUUUUUUUUCAUAGAAAAAAAGAGCACAUUUUUUUUUAAGUGUUUUAGAAUAAAAAAAAAUUUUAGGGUCAGUACUUACCGAGAUAUGAGGCCACGAAAUUGGCCCUUGGUGAUCACCUGAUGGCAGCAUGGAGUGCUGCCGCUUGCAGAAAUUCUACAUAUUUGCCGUUUUCUUCCAUUUUUUUUUUUCAUUUUCUUGGUUUUUAUAUGAUAAUUAUGUUUUAUAGUAAAUCUUUUGAUUUCAGUGCCAGUUGUUGUUUAUACACCAAUAUUAUGCAGUAGGGCCUCACUUUACGGCAUUUUGCUUUACGGCGUUUUGCUUUAUGGUCAUUUCAAGUUAUGACCAAAACUCGCUAUACGGCUCCCCCCACCUGACUUUCUAAUAUGGUCACCGCGCCCCACCCGGUUUGUUUACAUUCUCUGUGAGAUCCAAGCACUAAGUCUCUCCAUUAUGACUGGAAACAAAAAUAUUUCAAGUGUUUUUAAAAGGUACAGUGGACCCCCAGUUAACGAUAUUUUUUCGUUCCAGAAGUAUGUUCAUGUGCCAGUACUGACCGAAUUUGUUCCCAUAAGGAAUAUUGUGAAGUAGAUUAGUCCAUUUCAGACCCCCAAACAUACACAUACAAACGCAUUUACGUAAAUACACUUACAUAAUUGGUCGCAUUGGGAGGUGAUCAUUA